CGCAAAUCGCGCAUACUACACACUCAGCAUACACAUUUAAGUGACAUUAACUUUUUCACACACGGACGAGCAAUUAAAAAAUUAAGCCAACGGCAAACAGACAUUUAGACAAUGAAACUAAUAUUCACGAUUCAAAUUGGCAUACUCGCAAUGGUUUGGCGAGUUGAGUGUGCACCGAAAAUCCCCCAGGCGACCACGCUUGCCGCCCCCGCCGCCUUCGUUGCCGCAUCCGUCGCCCCCGAGUGGUAUUGCGAAACUAUUUGCGCUGGCGGCUGCGGUGGCCGUCCACGUUACGACACCCGCAAGCUAGUUUGUCGAUGCACAAUCAACGAACACAUUGAUGAUGAUGAUAUGGCAUUGAUACAAAAAACAGCAAAAAUUGUUGAUUUGAAGAUUAAGUUUUAUGAUAUUACAAAAGUCAAACGCUCCCUCAGUGAAUCUUCAGAAGAAAAAACUGUAGACGAUGAAGAUCAGAAAGAGAAAACUCCAAAACGAGUUCCAAAGAAAUUUGUUUUUGGUCCUCAACCACUCAAACCCCUCAAACCCUUGUUUGCUGACUUAACUGCACGUUUCCAAAAACCUGACGAAGAAGAUAAUGUACCUGUUGAGAUUCCCGUGGACUCAAAAGAUGCGACCUUAGGUCAAAUUGACCCAACUAUGUAUGAUUCCGAACCUAUUCAUAAUAUUAACAUGGCCCAACACCCUGCAGGUAUGCCCCUUUUUGGAGGACCCAUUCUAGGUCAGAUGAGCCCUUCAAUUAAAGAAAUUGAACCUCAUCACAACAUUCAAACAGGGUUUCCAAGCAUCCCCGCUGCAUUACCAAGUCUCCCACUUCAUUUCCCAGUUCAUGGCUAUCCUGCUCAUCUAACACCUGCAUUAACAACGUCAUUGUUAAUGAACGUGAGAGAAAAAUUGGAUAAUUUAUUGUUGAGAACUCAACAAUAUCCAUAUCAACCGGCGGUGACGGCCCAUGAAACAGAGUCCAUGAGAAAUACUUUGAAGCAGAUUACUCAGGUCAAUGUCAAUGUCAGACCCGAAAGAAAAACUUGGGGGUAUAUACUUAACAACUUGGUUAAUCAAUUGGCGCCUAUGUUGAGAGCAGAGGCACCUAAUGCAGAAGUAGAUGGUCAAGAAGUGGUAACUGAAGGUAUGGUAGCACCAAAUACAAAAACUAAACAGUCGGAACAUAAAUCGCCUAAAAAUGGAAAGGUUCCGGUAGAGUUAGGAAAAAAGACCAGUACCAAGAGUCCAACUAAAAAGAUAAACACUUCAGAGGAAGAUACUACAGAACAAGAAGUGCAUUCUACCGAAACAGCAUCUGCAUCAUCAACCACCGCAUCAACCACUACCACUACUAUACCAAUAAUAUCUCUUCAACCUAUUGAGCAGGUCGUACCAACUACGAGUAUGUUGCCAAUUGAACAAAUCUUUACCACUCCCAAACCGAUCAAGACUCAAAGCACCACCCCCAAAUUUCUUUCAGUUGAAGACGAUGAUGAAGUAGUAGGAGCUGCUGCUGAAGAUUACCUCUAUGAAGAUGACCACCAUUUAGACUAAUAUUUAUAACCUUAAUUUUGUUAC